UCACACUGGGUAGCACUGUGUUAAAAUUUCGAGACGUAAAUCGAAAAAAUGGAUUAUUCCAUUUUAUUUAGUUAUAGUCUAAUUAGAAAGUCGCAUGCAGAGUGGCAUUAGAAUAGUCUAGACAGUUUUUACUCGACAAAGUGAGCGUAGCAAGGCCAGGGCGCCCGCACAUCGCUCAUCGAAUCGCAGCCCAUCCACAGCGAAAAGCGAAGAUGUAAAUGCUUUAUUAUCUUGCAAUCCGUAUCUUCCGUUGUGUCGUUUCGUCGUCGUCACAGUCGCCGUCAAAAUGUUCGUCGCGCCAGUUAUCGACUCCGCAAUCUUCAUCUCCUAAGGCACUCCACACCACACACGCGUCAGCUCGUCCGGCUAGUGCGUAACACGCUCUCGGGAAUCUUUUUGAGAAAGGGGAGAUCCACACAGUAGAAAACAAAAAAACAGAGCAACAACAGAGCAGAGCAAGCGAGCAGCUAAACGAGUGCGGGCAAUCGGAGGCGCCGCUAGCACCUAGCCAGCACCUGUACCAUGUCCGAGAAGCAUGGCCAGCUGGGUGCGCAGUGGACGAAAUCAGCGGCGGCGCCAACAGCCGCAGCAGCAGCAGCAGCUCUAGCCUCGGCUUCCACCCCGCUCCAGAAGCUCCCGAAUCCGAAUCCGAGUCCAAACUUUCCAGCCAGCAGUCAUCCGUAUGGCAACUGUGCGAUUCCUGGACUCCCAGGCAUACAGCCAGCGGACAUACCGUAUACCUCGGGACGGUUUCAGGCCCCGUCCAUCAUCCAUGCCAAGGCCUCGCCCCUGACCAUCGUGCCAGUGGGCACUGCCAUUGGGCCCCACUGUCCCCCCCAGGUCUCGCCCACGAGCCACCACACAAAUGUACCUGUAUCCGUGACCGUACCCGCUCCCAGCGGCUUUGUGCCGACGCCGUUUACAAAUGCUGGCAGUGGCACGACGUCCGUACUGCAACCGAAUGCAUUUGCAACGGCCGCGGGAAAUGCCUUUGCGAAUGCCUUCAACUUCAAUACGGCCCAACAGCUGAUGCAUGCCAUGAGUACAGGCACGGCAGCAGGCACCACCACACCGAUCACAGCCACAGCGACUCCUGUCAUUGCGGGCGGUGGUCCUACUGCCCAGCGGCAUCCCGUCGAGCCGGUUCCCACGACAAGUGGCGUCAUCAAUUCCACCAUUGCUGAGAAUGUCAUGAAUGCGCUGUCCAACUCGACCGCUGCCUCCGAGGAGAAGAUGCGACGCGUGCAGCAGGUGAUUGAGGCCAGCAUUGAUGACAAUGCGAAGCUACAAAUCUCGCAGAUCCUCGAACGUGUUGCAGUCUUGAAGCCAAUCGAAAAACUAUUUCUCUAUCUGCGUUUGCCGGGGGAGUGCGCGGACUCGGAUCCAUUGAGACAGCCACAGAAUCCGCUGGGCACACGCUCAGAGAUCAAUCACACCAUCAAUUGGGUGCGCUCUCACCUGGAACACGAUGCACAGGUCUCCAUACCAAAGCAGGAUGUAUACAAUGAUUACAUCGCCUAUUGCGAACGCCUGAGCAUCAAGCCCCUGUCCACGGCGGACUUUGGCAAAGUAAUGAAGCAGGUCUUCCCGGGCGUGCGUCCACGUCGUUUGGGAACGCGUGGAAACUCUCGCUACUGCUAUGCGGCCAUGCGAAAGACCACAAAGCUAACGCCGCCACAGUUGCCGGCGCUGUGCAAAACCGAACAAAUCACAGGAGACGAAGCUGCUGCUCCAGCCAUAGCCACUGCACAGAUGAAUCACUCCCCGGGUGUUGUGCUGCCUCCCAUGCCAACAGGCGACAGCGAGAACUGGGAUGUGGUGCGCAGUUGGGCGGAGAAGCUGCUGAACACAAAACUAGACAGCAUUGCAGAGCUGAGCACGCGGAUCAAGAGCAACAAUGCCACGGUUAUGGGCGUGCAUUUGGGCGCCAAGAAGUACACACCCCGGGAGCCCAAAGAGAAGCGAGUUUUGGCCGAUAUGGGACCACUGAAGAAGCGACGCAAAAAGAAACGCAAGGGCUCGACAUCCUCAGAGUCGAGCUGCAAUCAAUUGGUGGCUGGGCUGCAAGAUGCAGGCAGCAGUCAGGAUGCCAUUGAUGAACCGAAGACGGAGCAGCUAGUAAAGAUCAAGCAGGAGAUUAUAGACUCACCCGUACACCAGUCCCAGCAACAACAGCAGCCACAGCAGCAGCAGCCCGCAAUGAAUUAUCUGCAUCAAAUGAUGCCCAUGAACCUGGCCACCGAACAGCGAAGCAACAGUGCGGUGCGUAAUCUGACGCCCAAGAUCAUGGAGAUGGGCGUGGCUGUACCCCCAACGGUAGUGCUCACACAGCAGCAGGAUGAGCCAUCGCCCACAACGAUGGUGAUCAAGGACGAGGUGGAGGACUACAAUACAUCCAAUAUAUUCUGCAAAAAAGUGUUAAAAGCCCAGCAAACGAAAGGAUUUUGGGCCAAUUCCCCGAGCAGCGGUACAACGGGCGGCGGGGGAACCCUGCUAGUGCCGCCCGUGAUCACAACGACUGCGGCGACACCACCGCCACCGGACAUCUCGCCGGGACCCAUGUCCAUGGGACCGCCAGCGCAAUUGAUGAUUUCCAGUUCGGUGAGCCCCUCCAGCAGCAUGGACAGCAACAACACCACACCGAAGGUGGUCUCCAGCAACAUGAUACUGCUGCGUGCAAAGCGCCUGCUGGCGGCGGAGAGUGCCGCUGCCCUGACGGCCGCUGCAGAGGAUUCGGGACUGCCGGAGAAUCUGGGUUUGCCAAGGGAGCGGGUGAUUAGCAUCUGUAAUAUGGAUAAGCACGAGCUGGACGAUUAUUUCCUGCCCGUUGAGGAUGAGGAGAACUCCGAGGAGCCCGACACCGAGCUGCUUCAAUAUUUUCAGAUGGGAGACGCUGAGGAAAAACAACUGAAUUCCUUAGAUGCUGUAGAACAGAACAGAAAUCCACAAGGAACACCGAUAAUAACGUCGACGACGACAACGAUACAGGCGGGAAUGGCGCCAGCGAUGCACCAGCAACAGACCCAUACCCAGCACCCCCAGCCGCCGAAUCGUGGAGCCACAACGGCCAUGCCCUCGCCACAGGGGAGCCUGGUCGUCUCAUCGACAAUGUUGUCCGGUCAAGCGAAUGUGGGUUCUGCCUCAGCGUCUCUGGCUUUAAUGUCAAAGAAGCAUCAACACCAACAAAAGCAACCACAACAACAGCAGCAGCAACAGCAACAGCAGCUGCGAACCAAACAGCUGCCCACAAACGGCAAUUCUAACCCGAACAACAGGCGAAAGAUCAGCCUGAGCAAUGCCUCUAGCAAUGGCAGCAACAAAAAUUGCAUAUUUCUGCCAAUAUCCCCCAACAUCAACAAUGGAGGAGGAUCAGCGACAGCAGCAGCCACAGGAGGCACCACAACAAAUCAAAUGCCGCAGAAUCAGAAUCCAACAAAUUCCAAUCAACAAAAUUGCUUUGCCAGUCCUGGCGUCACGCGGAUGCGGCAACGUUCUAGUCUGCUGACCAAACAGCAAUCCCUUGACUGCGAUGGCAAUCGUGAUCCCAUGAUUGGAGCAACGCGUAGAAAACGCUGCUAUGUCUAUAGCUAUCCCACAAGCACCUCAGCCUCGGCGCCGCCCAGCCCCUCGCUGCUGCAGCAGUGCAUGGUGGGAAAUUGGCCAUUUGGUGGAGCAAACUCCUUCCAAGACACGAACAGUGCGGAUCCCUUGAUUAACCAGAACUCUAUGGAUCUCGAGACGAGCCUGGCCCUGACGGGUGGCGACGAUCUGGAUCUGACGGAGACGCAACGAUCGCAGUCGGUGCCGCUGUCACAGCUACAGAGAAGCUGCCAUCCAUCGCCCAGCUUCAAUCGUCAGGCCAGCUUUCAGGCCUCGAGCUAUGCGAGCGACACCUUCUACUCGGAGAACAGCAACAGCCAGAAUUCGGUGGCAGUGGCCCCUCUGAAGGACGUGGAGGCGGCCGCCGCGCUGCUCUACGAAGUGGAUGUGGGUGCCAUUGUAUCGCCGAGCUUCAACAAUAAGUUUGGGAACAUAUCCCAGCAAACGGCCACCACAUGCAGCUCCUCGGCUGGCUCGUCCUCUGGCUACAGCAGCGGAGGCUCUGCGGGCAUUGUCUCACGCUCUGUGCCUUCCACACCACUGCCGCAUCAGCAACAGAACAACAAUCUGACGGGCUUUAAUGGCAAUGGAGGUGGCAAUGGCGGUGGAGGAGGAGGCUGCAACUUGAAUGCCACAAAUGGUUUCUUCAACAUCUCGCCAUCGUUCAACUGGGAAACAUCGAGCAAUGGCAUUCAAGGGGGGUCCUACCUCUCGUACAGCGCUCGCAAUACGAUGGAUAUAUCCAAGUCGAUGCCCACGACGCCCAUAACCACGCCCUGCUUUCGCUAUAGUCCCGUGGAGUUGCAUCGGGAUUUCCUGAUCAAUGGCUGCACCAUCGACCUUGUGCCCUCGUCUGCGUUUGUCCCAGCGUGCAGCGAUGAGAAUCCCGCUCUGACCCUCAGCUCGGACUCGCUGAUGGAUGACAGCUCGCCCAGCAGUAUACUGGAUACCUUGUAGAAUUUGCACGAAGAGAAGGCUCAGGAGGAGGUUACCGAACCCAGAGAGAAAAAAGGAGAGGAGAAGGUGGAUGAAAAGUCUGUUUCCCAAAUGCCAGAAGAUGCCACAGUGGUGGCCUAUCUGCUGGAGCAUGUGGAUCAGUUGUAGAAUGAAUCUUCGAUCCAACCUUCUUCGAUCCGAUCCGAUCGUCUCGAUUAGUUUCAUUGUUGUGUUCAUUUCGUGUCUAGUUAAUCCCGUGCCUCAAUGUAUCAGUGUCUGUCUCUCUUCCACACAGAAUGAGCUUUCUCUUCGCCAAAAAUAUCCCACACUUCCUGCUUAACUCUAAACCACAGCUUAGCUUCUAGCCUUUCAUUGGUUUCAAAACUAUCCAAUAUUUCCACGUGCAAAAACGAGCGGAAGAUAGAAGAGAGCUCCGGCUUGGGCUCCUCGAUCUAUCGUAUCUAUUGCAACCCUCAGGCCCUGUCCCCUACCACUGUUGUAUAUUGUUAUUGUAAUAUUAACCUAAUCCUUAAACCAAUGAUGAUUUCUGUAUGUAAAUGGAUGAUAGUUUUUACUGUUGAACAAACCUUACAAAAAACGAAACGAACUUAAAGUCUGAAUGAAGGAAACGUGUGCAGCGGUUUUAAAAACGGAAAACAAAUUUACAAACAAUAUGUAAUUGUAAAACGAAUGUACAUCUUAGAGAACUAUAGAGCUACAUACAGUCUCGGCAUUCGUCGAGUAUUCCUAUGACCCCCAGAACAGUUUCUAUAGUGAGAUAUUUCCCAUGUUUAUUCAGGGGUCAUAUGGAACGGAGAUUGUCAGAAUUCAAUUGUGUGUUUGUAUGGUAUUGUACGGUAUUCAAUUGUUCAGAUAUGGAUAUACAUAGCUAUAUGGAUAGGCCCCUCCUUCGAUUUUACUAACACUAUUCCCCCCACUCCCUGAUCGUUCUAUUACUAUACUUUCUAUCUUUCUUUUAUCUGUAAUGCUUUGAUUCUUCUUCGAUUAGAUGUAAGUGUUUGUUUGUUAUAAAUGUUUUUUUAUAUAUUUUUUGUUUAAAUCGCGUUUUGAAUUGCGGUUAGUUCUCUAGGAUUUUAUGUUAACUAUCACCCUACCCUAUGACCUAUCAGCCUUUGGAUUUCAUGCGAGUUCUCUAGUGUCUGGAACUCUAGUUGUAAUUUCGUUUCUUGCGGUCCCAGUUAUUUUUCUUCCAAAUUUUAACAAUACUUAGCUUUAAAAAAAAAUUUUCUAUUUCAGAGUUUGUGCAACAAAGUAAAAGUCUAUUACCCGAACAAAAUUCCGUUCUAAAAAAACAAUUUUAAUGUGUCUAAAGUUUUUAAAAACAUAUUUGUAAAAAAUUAAAAAAAAAAAAAUGAUUAAUGUGCUUUAUUGUAAAACAAUUCAUGUGUAAAAUGCAUAUACCACAGGAAAAACCAGAAACAAAAAUAAAUAUACAUACAAACUUAAAAAAAAAUAAAAAAUAUACACACAUAAAUAGUUUAAUAGAAUGUUAUACGAGUACAUUAAACAAAUAUACACUCAUUUACAUGCGAAACGCUAGGGGAAACAAUUGAGUUUCAACAGAGCAGAGCCGAGAAUUUCUUAUAUGCAUAGUCAGCAUCCGUAAUCAUAGAGUCCUACAAUAAUCAGAAAUCCAAUACAAAACAAAACAAUAUGUAUUUAAUGUCGUAAGUUCUAUAAACGAAAGAUUAACAAAUGCACCCCCUAGGAUCCUCCGCUUUCAAACAAUAGAUAACAAAUAUAUGUAUGUAUGUAUGUAUGUACUAUGCAAAUACCAAUAGCCGAUAAGUAUGGUAUGUAAAUUUAGUGGAACAUAUUUGUCACCGGGAACACUUUAUAGAGAUAUGUAUGAAAAUUGAUAUGCAAUUAUGUAUACAGCAACAGUGCAUUCAAGUUAAAACGGAACCAAAACUGUACUUUUUUAUAAGAUAUUUGAAUGACAUAAAAUACAGAAAAACGAAAACAGAAA